GUCUGGCAGAGCUAGGGGAGAGCUAUGCAGUCGAAACGUGAAUGUGAGCAAUGGUGUUAGAGGGUGAAUCCAGAGAACAAGGCAGCCCUGGAGGCGUGGGUAAGGGAGACUGGCAUCCGCCUGGUGCAGGUCAACGGGCAAAGGAAGUAUGGCGGACCACCCCCAGGCUGGGUGGGCAGCCUGCCACCUUCAGGGUCCGAGGUGUUUAUCGGACGGCUACCCCAGGACGUGUAUGAGCACCAGCUGAUCUCACUCUUCCAGCGCGUGGGGCGUCUCUAUGAGUUCCGCCUGAUGAUGACCUUCAGUGGCUUGAACCGCGGCUUUGCCUAUGCGCGCUAUAGCUCGCGGCGUGGUGCCCAGGCCGCGAUUGCUAUGCUGUACAACCACCAGCUGCGUCCUUCUUGCCAGCUUCUGGUGUGCCGAAGCACCGAGAAGUGCGAGCUGACAGUAGACGGGCUGCCUCCGAGCUUGAACCGCCAUAUGCUACUGCUGGCCCUACAGCUCCUGGGUCCCUGCCUGCAGGAGACAUUGCUGCUACCCAGCCCGGGGUCAGUGCCCUCUCAAAUUGCGCUGCUCAAGUUCAGCACGCACCGAGCCGCUGCCAUGGCCAAAAAGGCCCUGGUAGAAGGGCAGUCACGCCUUUGUGGAGAACAAGUCGCUGUGGAGUGGCUCAAACCAGAUCUGAAGCAGCACUUCCGCCAGCAGCUUGCAGGCCCCUCACUGCGGUUCCUACGGCCAGAGGGCAGCCAAGUAGCCCAGAGCAGGGACAGGCUAGGGUCCCAAGGGGCUAGGGCUGCUCUGCAGCUACUGUGUCAGCGAAUGAGGCUAGGCAGCCCAAUGUUCCUUACCAAAUGUUUAGGCACGGGUCCUGCUGGCUGGCAUCGCUUUUGGUACCAGGUUGUAAUCCCUGGUCACCCAGUGCCUUUCAGUGGCCUCAUUUGGGUUGUGCUGGCCUCUGAUUGGCAGGAUGGGCAUGAGGUGGCUAAGGAUGCUGUGUCUGCGCAGUUGCUAGAAACACUGAGUGAGUCUAGGACCAGCUUGUGGUCUCCUAGGGCUGAAGCAGGUAUUGUGAUUAAGCAGUGACCCUUCCCCCUCCUCUUAACAGGCAGCCUAAAAGAGUAGGCAGAACCUAUGUCAAUCCCCAGCCCAGCAGGUCUGGGCAGCAACUACUG